CUCCACCGCGUCAUCUGACCAUUACAUUACUAUAAAUAUUGAGACUCUGUUUCUUCUUGCCCUAUACAUGCAUUCAAUUCUCAGAACAUUACCGACUACCGCGAAAAAUCAUAGAAAUCUCUUUUGACCCCUUCCUACUCAAACAAACAAUCCCGAUGUUUUCAAUCCCUACAAGGGCCCUCCUAUCACUAUAUGCAGCUCAGCGCAAUGGACUUUCUUCCACCCAUCCAAUGUCAUACCGCAUUCCACCUCAAGCGCCUACAUUCCCUCUCAGAUCCUUCUCGACCCGUUUUCCUCUCGCAAACAAACAGAAAGGGUCGUCAAACUCGGACUCAAACGAACCGCUGGAAAUUCCAGCCUUGAACUUCGAAGCGAUGGGCUUAAGCAAGAGAUCGAGGGCAGCUGUAAUUGUGAUCCUAUGCUGUUUGGGCACUAUGGAGACCUGGUUCUGGUGCAAGGCUAUCUGGCGUUGGUGGAAGGGCAAGACGGAAGAUGUGGAACCAGUUCAAGCAGUAAAGUGAUUCAGAGUACUAGAAUUGAGACACACCCUUGUUUACGAUGUAAUUUCUUUCUGUUUUGAAUUUGUUAUUCGUUGAUAGAUAAUAUCAUUACUCUGGAUGAUAGUCAUUCG